GCUUUUGCAUCUUCUCUGUAGUUGGGAUUGGAAUUGCCAUUGCCAUGGAUCCUUCUAUUAUGAAGCUCCUCGAAGAUGACGAGGAUGAAACAAUGCAUUCAGGGGUGGAUGUUGAAGCCUUCCAAGCUGCACUAAACAGAGACAUAGGAGGAUCUGCUUCCACUUCUGGUUCAGACCCAGUUUUGUCUCAAGGAAGCAACAAUACAUUCACUCAGUCAAUGCCACAGUGGCCAACUCCUAGCCAUGAAAACCAAACCCAAGUUCAAAAUCAAGAGCCUGAAACUGCACAGCAGCGAGAGCAACCUUCAUCUGAGGUGGAGCAAAAGCAACAUGGAUCUCUUGCUGAACAAGUACAGCAUGUUGCUUCCCAGGACGUAAAUAAUCCUCCUUUACCACAGCAUGUUGCUUCCUCGGACGUAAAUAAUCCUCCUCUACCACAGCCACAGCAUGUUGGUUCUCAGAGUGUAAAUAAUCCUCCUUUGCCACAGCAUGUUGGUUCCCAGAAUGUAAAUAAUCCUCCUUUGCCGCAGCAUGUUGCUUCUCAGACUGUAAGUAAUCCUGCUUUAUCACAAAAGCAGACUCAAGAUGAAGGUCACCAACCACAGCCUGUACAAGCUUCUCUUCAAAAUUCUCAGACAGUUGGAAUUCAAAACUUGGGAAAAGAUCCUGUUCCUAAUAAUGAGGUAGCCAAAACACUUAAUCCCAGCAGCGAAUCUCAGCAGUAUGCGAAGUUGCAGCAAAUGAGUAAUCAACAGGCUACAGUCAAUGAACAGCCAGGAGGCCAAAUUAAUCGUCAAAAACAGGUACCAUUUGGCAUGUUGCUACCUAUCUUGAUACCUCAACUUCCCAAAGACCGAGCCAUGCAACUUCAAACUCUAUUUAGUAAAUUGAAGAAAGACGAAAUAGCAAAAGACAGUUUUGUGCGGCUUAUGAAAGGUAUUGUAGGGGACCAGAUGCUUAGAUUAGCAUUGAACAAAGUACAAGCUCAGCUACAAGCACAGACGAGACCCAACCAAGGACCUGUGGGGCAGCAGCAACCUGUUCGGAUGCCCACUGUUGGCUUAGGUGCAAGACAAUUAAAUGAUCCCCAUGCUUUAGCUCAGCUUCAUCAGAGAAGUAUGAAUGCAGCUGCAGACCAAUCUCGUAUGACUUCUUCAGCUGUCCAAACUAUGGAGAACAAUGCUAGAAAAUCUCAGGAAUUGGAUGCUAGAAUGGAAACUCAGGGUUUGCAACCGAGCCAGUUGUCAUCUUCCAAUUCCAUCAGUGUUAGUCAGGAAGCAGAAAGAUCAUCUGUUCAUGUACACGGGCUUAAUAAGCAGCCGCAGCCGCAGCCUCAGCAGCUACAUUUCCCAUCAGCAUAUGGCAGUAGUGGUGGUAAUUAUAGGCCUUUUUCAGGGCCAGCUAGUAGUUCUGCUUCAUCUAUCAGACCACCACCACAUGAGUCACAUAUGAGUCAAAUUCCACAUCAAAGCACUGGUCCCAAUCACUUAGGUGGGGCAACACAAGGCUUCAUUGGUAUGCCAAAACUUGAACAGCAGAACUCUUUGAAUGAUCCCAAGAGGCUGCCGGGUGGCUCUGUUGCUCUAUUAAACAAUCCGGCAUCCCAGCAAACUCCAAAUGCAUGGCAACCACCAUCAAACAAAGAUCAAAGUUCAGGCUUCUUGUCAUCUGGUUCUUAUGUCAAAAAGGAACCUAGCGACAUGCCCACUGAGCAGCAACAUAGGCAGAAUAUUUCUAAAAUCCAUGGACUGCCUUCAGCUAAUUCUGCACAAAUCGAACAGGCAAGUGCCAAUCAAGGAACUGUAAAGGAUGAGUUCUCAAGGGGCCUUCCAGUAUCCACAAGUAUGGCACCUACAACAUCUACUGGCUUGACAUCACUCAAUUCUGCUUCCCCUUCUGGAAUGGCCCAACUAGAUCCUAGUGUCUCAUUAAGCACCCAGGUGCCAUCAAACACUUCUGGAAUUACUGUGAGGGCACCUGUGAAAAAGCCUUCUGUUGGCCAGAAGAAACCACUUGAAGCACUUGGUUCCUCACCUCCUCCUCCUCCAAGUAAGAAGCAAAAGGGAUCUGGGGGGGGAUCCGUUGAACAAAGCAUUGACCAGCUUAAUGAUGUCACUGCUGUUAGUGGAGUCGAUUUGAGGGAAGAGGAAGAGCAGUUAUUUUCAGGCCCCAAGGAGGACAGUCGGGUUUCAGAAGCAACUCGAAGAGCUGUGCAAGAAGAAGAGGAAAGGCUGAUUUUGCAGAAAAUUCCACUCCAGAAAAAAUUGUUUGAGAUUAUGUUUAAGUAUGGCUUGAAGGGUGUGAGCAAUGAUGUGGAGAGAUGCUUGUCACUGUGUGUGGAGGAAAGAAUGCGUGGACUGAUAAGUAACCUGAUUAGAAUGUCAAAACAGCGGGUUGAUUUUGAGAAGACAAGACAUCGGACUGUUGUCACCUCAGAUGUUCAGCAGCAAAUCAUGACAAUAAAUAGGAAAGUAAGAGAGGAGUGGGAGAAAAGACAGGCAGAAGCAGAGAAGCUUCGGAAACAAAAUGACGUUGAUGGUAAUGCUGGAGCUGAUGGUGACAAGGACAAGGACGAGGGUCGUAAUAAAUCAUCAAAGGUGAACAAGGAAGAGGAUGACAAGAUGAGGACAAAUGCAGCAAAUGUUGCUGCCCGUGCUGCUGUUGGGGGAGACGACAUGCUCUCAAAGUGGCAACUUAUGGCCGAGCAAGCCAGGCAGAAACGUGAAGGCGUGACGGACCCGUCAUCUGGUUCUCAACCAGCUAAAGAUGUAAGUCGCAAAUCUUCAGCAUCUGGAAAAAGUACUAAGGAUAAUCACGAAGGGGAUAAAAAAGGUUCUACUAAUUUUGCAACUUCAGGGGCUAUCAGAAAACAUGGGAGAAAUAAUUCCCUUGUGACUCAAACUAAGAUUGCCCGAAGCAUCUCUGUCAAGGAUGUAAUUGCUGUGCUCGAAAGAGAGCCACAGAUGUCGAAAUCGUCGCUCAUUCAUCGCUUGUACGAGAAGAUUCAUUCUGAUGCUCAACCUGAGUGAAGUAGAAUUACAGAGGGAGGUGAUCUUGAAUUUUUACCACUGAUUUUCUUAUCAUAUGCUUACCAGCAGAAAUCAAAAGGUCUCCUCAAACGUGUGUGUCAUUGACUGAGUUCAAUCCAUAUAGCCAGGGUAGUUUAUCAGUUAAUUUUGAUUUUCUCUUAUUUAAUUUUGCUUAUUUAUCAGUACUAAUUUGGAUUUUAGAGCAGUUAAACAUAAGUUUGGCAUCCAUCCUCUUGGCUUGGUCUCUGGGAAAAGAAUGUUAAAAGAAAAAUAUAUUUUGGUUAGGAGUUAUAGUAUUUUGAUAUAUGAAGUAAUUUAUGUGUGUUUAUUUUAAAAAUGAGUUUGUCAAUAUUAAACAAGUAAUCUGAAUUUCAGGUUUCAACACAAUUAAACACGCAAUGUAACUUGUUUUCUUCAGCA